AUGCCAAUUCAAAGAACUCCUCCAAGAUCUGAAAACGUAGAAGUAGGAGACAUUAUAGAUAUGUCUGAAACCAUUAAAAAACCCAAUACUCACGAGAUGAAGCGUACAGAAUCUGUUAAAGUAGUUUCAGGGCAAUCAUCAGGAGCAAUUCCAAAAGUACAGAAUCCUCAACCACCAGCCAAUUAUAGUAUGCCACCGCCACCAAUUCCACAAUUGCAGAGAGGUAUCUCUAUAGGACAUAGUCCAAGAGCAUACGCGGGUUUAAUCCGCGAACUCAUUAUUGAAACAAAUAAGGAAUAUAGGGAUGAGCCUGGUCACGUAUUCAAAGAAUGUCCAUCGAUGCAGCGAAAUUUGUUUUGUUACAAAUGUGGUUUAAAUGGGGUAGUGACUACCACAUGUCCUAAUUGCUCGGAAAACCUUCAGGCGAGCGUGAGGAAACCGGUCGAAUCACGCUCGACUCAGACAACAACCGGAGAUUCAAAAGUGUAG